CCUUUUCGCUUCCACUACAAUGCCAAAACAACGAAAGGUCGGAAACAGAAAAAAAUAUAGCAAAGAGGAAACUUUGGGAAACCAUAAAUCCCCAUGUCCAAUAGUGGUGAAGCAGGAAAGACCAGAUGAAAUGAAACAAACAGGGAAUUUUGUGUUUUUCUUUGCUGCUAUUGCUCUGGUUUUCGGUGUCUGUGUAACUCCACUGACAGCUGACAUGACUUACUCUGGUCUUACUCCUGAGAAACACUCUGCCUUGAAGAUGGACGAAGCAUUACUUACAGUCAACAAUGAGCUUGUUACUGAUGUGGUGGUUUCCUGGAGGUCUGAGCGUUGCUACCAGUGUUUGUACCAGCAGCUCGGUGUGGUACCGGCAGCAUCCAGUCCUGGAGAGCUCGGUUCACUUGACUUUGUUGUGAGCACAGAGCAUGAAAUCACACUACAACUCAACAGUACUGUGAACCUGGGGCUAUGCAGUGUUCCGUUCCACUUUGGGGAGCAGGGAAACUAUUCUCUGUGGGUAAAAAAUCUGAAUGAUUCCUCCGUGGUCAGUUGCUCUGUAGUGACGGAUACAGAACCCAUCAACAGUUACAUGCCGAUACUGGUUGCUUUCUUCAUCUUUGCUGGAGUAUUCUUGGUUACGGCCCUUUGGAGAAUAAUAUGGAAGCUUGAUGUAGUAAAGCACCUCCUUUUCCGAAUGACAGGCUCCAUGGUGACAGAAAGGCUCAUCAACUCGGAACUGGGCUCCCCCGGCAGGACAAUGCCAGUUACAGACAACAUCAUUCCUCCGACCCAAGGCCACAACCAGAGGCUGCGAUCGCUGGACACGUUCAGAGGUAUUUCCUUGGUCAUAAUGGUAUUCGUGAACUACGGAGGAGGGCGAUACUGGUUCUUUAGACAUGCAAGUUGGAACGGUCUGACUGUGGCGGAUCUGGUAUUCCCAUGGUUUGUGUUCAUAAUGGGGACGUCCAUUGCACUUUCAGUAAACUCCCUGCUGUGUGCAGGCAAAACUCGCCGCUCACUGCUGGGGAAAGUUGUGUGGAGAAGUGUUCAACUCUUCCUCAUCGGUGUCUUUGUUAUUGGUCCACACUACUGCAAUGGACCAUUGGACUGGAACAACCUGCGGAUCCCAGGUGUUCUUCAGCGCCUCGCCUGGUCCUACCUGGUUGUAGCCUGCUUGGACAUAAUGGUGGCAAAAGGUCAUGUUAACGUCCUCACAACGGGGGCUUGGUGGUCCUCUUUCCUUGACAUUUUGCUGUACUGGCCAGCUUGGAUCUGCAUUAUCGUUUUAGAAGUUAUCUGGCUUUACCUCACGUUUCAACUGCCUGUGCCUGAUUGUCCCACAGGCUACCUGGGCCCAGGUGGACUUGGGGACAUGGGGCUGUACUCCAACUGCACUGCAGGAGCGGCUGGUUUUAUUGACCGUUGGCUGCUGGGAGAAAACCACAUCUACCAUAACCCUUCAUCGAGGGUGGUUUAUGCAACACACGUGCCAUUUGACCCUGAAGGUAUUCUCGGCAGCAUCAACUCCAUCCUGAUGGCUUUUCUAGGAUUACAGGCAGGAAAAAUAAUUCUACACCACAGAGAAUCCCACAGUAGUAUGCUGUCCAGGUUUCUUAUCUGGGGUCUGUUUUUGGGAGCCGUAUCAGCAGUUCUGACCAAAUGUUCCACAGACCACGGCUUCAUUCCUGUCAACAAGAACCUGUGGUCUCUGUCCUAUGUGACCACACUGGCCUGUUUCGCCUUUGUGCUGCUGACGCUGCUCUUCUACAUAGUGGACGUGAAGGCGUGGUGGUCUGGAGCUCCUUUCUUCUAUCCUGGUACAAACUCCAUCCUUGUGUAUGUGGGUCACGAGGUGUUUGAGGACUACUUCCCCUUUCGUUGGCACAUGACGAACAACCAGUCUCAUGCUGAACACCUCACCCAGAAUCUAGUUGCCACUUCCUGUUGGGUGUUGAUUUCAUACGUUCUCUACAGAAAGAAGAUAUUUUGGAAAAUUUAGAAACAGGUUAAGAGUCAAAGUGUGAUUGUCAUUGUUCUUUAAACACACAAGAGGUCAAUACUUUUAUUUUUAAGUAUAACAUAUUUUUUAAGAUCUGUACACGGCAUCUCUGGUAGCUUUUUAAACAGGCUCUGGGAGAACUACUUUUGAGAAACUGAAAACUUUGUUAUUCUACAGUGGGACAUGUCACAGCUACAGGUUUCAUUUCCCAGUCUGUGUUUCCACUAGUGGUUAAAAACAUUUGCUAACUUCUUCUUUUAUUGCUGCAGUUUCUUUAGUAGUACUCCUAAAUAAGAUCACCACUGCACAGCUGAUGACUACUUGUGAAACUUGUUUGGUUCCUGAAUUUCUUUUAAUACUUCAUUUGGCUUUUAAUGAGGCCCAGAAGCAAGCUGCCCCAAUGCAGGUUUUUGUUUGUGUGCCAUAUUUUUACUUAUGUUAUUUUUACAGGAUACCUGUGUACUGUAUUGUGUAUAAAAUAUCACUGUCCUUAAAUUAGUUGUCAUUCUAACAGCAGCAAAGCCUCAAAUGAAUGCCACUGUGACUGUUAAGUCAUAAAUUCAACACUAAUUUACACAAAGGUUAUGGUUGACUUGGAUGUCUGUCCUUUGUUGUAAAAUUGUAUCCUCAACCAUCCACUGAUUGUAUUUCAUUUCAUGUUUUACCUUUGUCAAAAAGUAAUUAUUUUUUCUAGUUAACAAGAAUGCCUCCAAAGAUGCUGCUGAAAGUGAUUGUGAUAAUUUGGUAGUUAAUGCUGGAUUUGUGUACUUUUAUACAACAUAAAACCACAGUCGCAAUCUGUAAAUUUACACUGUAAAAUAAAAGAUAUUUCAAAAGUA